CCAGAAGCCCUGGUUGUCCAGGGAAUGAUCUCCCUGGCAACAGGGCCUAGACAGCCCUGAGGACCCUCAUCAACCUCUUAGCUUCAACCUCACCAUCAACCCUGUCCUCAGCACAUUCCCAGGCCCUUCUUGGUUCCAAGGUUCCCAUCAGCCUCUACCCUGUUUUCCUUAGUGCCCAGAGAAGGCCCCCCCCAAUCCCGCCCCAGAUCACUAGGCAGUCUUGCACUAGUGGGGAUACCCUCAUCCCCAGGGCCAUAACCCCUCAGAGAUCUGGUUCCUGCCAGAGCCCAGGUUUAGGCUGCAGCUACAGGUGAGGUGUGGCUCCCUCUAAAGCCCUGGUUUCUUUGAAGUGGGGGGAAUGAUUGAGAGUGAAGAUAGCUAGGUCUUAACAGUUUCCCAGUCAGAAUGUGAAGUUCCUGUACACUGAAGCAGGCUUAGUGCAGAGGAUGAAAUAUUGGGGACAUUCUCAAGGGCUGUCUCAUCAUAACAUCACAGCCUUCUGUGACCUCACUCCUGUGAUUCAUACCUCCAUGUCACAAAUGAGGAGACACAGGCUCAGAGAGGCCAAGUGACUUAUUCAUGGACACGUGGACACCAAGGAUCAAUUUCACAGCUUUAGAUGUUCCAUCCCUUUGCUUCCACAGGUAGAUUCCCAUUGCUACUGAGUCAGCCUGGCCCAUCAGUCUCCCACCUUCCUCAAUUUGCCAUGUAAACUCAUCAGAAUAUUCCAUCCACUGGAGAGCAGGAAAAGCCAGGCCCUACCCUACUCCUAGACAAUCAUACACAAGCAAUCACACACAUAACUAGGAAACAAAAGGCCAUGUGAGUGCGCCUAGGCUGAAGGAGCUGGACCUCACCUUCAUACCAGAUGGGUUCCUGGAAUGUGAGCAGAUAGGCCUUUUGUGAAUUGCCUUGUUUCUCUAUUCAUUUUCGUUUAGCUAACAUCAUUGUUCUUUUGAAGCUGAUUCCAUUCAGUGGGUAUGUAUUGAACACCUACUAUGUAUUUGGAGUCUUGAUGGGAAAUGCCCUCUGGCUGUUCCUCUAUUCUGCUGUGUUGUUCAUUGUGCAAACAAAUGACUCCUGGUCCCCAAGGUACCCCUUUCACAAGAUCCCAGUGAUGAACCUGAUUUAAAUCAAAGGUUCCUAUUGUCAUAUCAACAAUUACAUCUAUUUUGUGCUUUUUGAAUUUUAUGUGGUUUUCUUAAGGUGGCAGCUAACAGUUUUUCAACUUGGAGGUGUGGCUCAGUGGGAGGGUAAUUGGUUAAGGAGAGAAACCAUGGUUAGGAGUGGUCCCUGGCAGAGGCAGCAAGCAAAAAGGCUAAUGGGCUCAGUGACCACCAACACCUAGCCUUGAAAUCCCUGCCCAGGAAGGGGUGGAUAGGGUGGCUGCUAGAAGCGUUAUGACAAGGAAAUGGAUAGGACAGGGAGGUAAUGGUACAGCGAGGCGCCUCAGAGGGGACUCUUGCUGUUACUCAUCCAUCUAGUCACCUUAGAUGCUAGCCCCAAGUAGGUGUAGAUGGGGAGUACCAACAGGCUACAUAAGCUACCAUAAUGUCUCAAAAGAACAAUGAAAUAGAGGAAACCCUUUAUUCAUGAUUCAGUCCCUAUAAAGACUCUCUCACUACUGUAGCCACCAUAUUUACAAAUCAGGAAUCAGGUGUCCAGUUAAGCAAGCUCCCACGGAGACAAAGGGACAGGCUGAACUCUGGGAUAUCUGGGGACUGGGCCAAGGGCAGAGAUGGCCGUAUAAAGGGCCAGCUGAAUGGAUAAAAGAGCUGCCACCUCUGCAUUGUGACUCCUGCCAACAUGCCUCAUUAUGACCCUGCUCCUUCAUCAGCUGGCAGGUGUCCCCAGGUCCUGGCAUGAGUGCAGCGUGGGUUGGGGCUGGUGGUGGGGGGGGGCGGCCCAGGUGGCCCUAGAACCCCCCCACCAUGGAAAACCAGCUCUGGUAUAACACCCUGGGGUGCUGCAAUCAAUACCAAGGAAGUCCCCAGGAUGCUGAGGACUUUCUAUUCCUGCUACUGGGCCUCAUCAUUCUUGCCAACAUUGGGAUCAAUGUGGCAACUGUGGUCAGUGAUGGCAGUGGACCACCCUCAAGGGUGAAGAGGGCUUAGGGUGGGAGCCAGUUGCAGCCUGCACUUUCACCUGCAAGAGCAGUCUUGGCUGGGAGGGGCAUGGGAGUUGAGGGUGGAGAGCCUGGCCUUCAUUCCCACCCCACCUUACUCCACCCCCAGAUGUGGCAUGGGCUCCGGAAUGCCUUAGACAAGAUGACUGAUUGGAUUAAUCAGAAAAAUGAAAUCUUGCAGGUUCGUGAAAGUUCCUCCAAAGAUGCCCCAGCCAAGGCCCAAGGCGUCCACAUUCACUGCACCCUGGACCCCGUAGAAGUGAAGAUGGCCCAGCCCACUUGUUACUCCUCUUCCUCUUACCACCAUCUCCACAACCGCAGCUGCCCCUACCAACGCCGUAAUUCCCACCGCCGCCGCCCCUGCAGACACCAGAAGAGUCAGAAGAACCACAGACAAUUCCCCAAAAACCGCUUACUCUUCCAUAACCAACAUCACAGCCACAAGAUGUCACAGCUGCGGCUGAUGCCUUCUUACGAUCAGGAGGACCUGCACUCCUUCCUGAAGGAAGAGGAUGACCUGUCUUUCCCACAUCCCAAGUGUCCACGGGUGUGCUGGGGAGGGCUCUACCAGCGAAUGGGGCUACCCUCCAACAUGAGGCUAUGGGGACGACAGGGUGGGAUCCUGGCCAGCCUGCCACCACCCUCUCUCUAUCUUUCACCCGAGCUGCGCUGCAUGCCCAAGCGUGUGGAAGCCAAGUCAGAACUGAGGCUACAGUCCUAUGGGCCCCAUUGCUCACAAUCCCAUACCUGGGGCAAUAUGGAGGCUGAGCAGUGGACUUCGUCUCUACCACCACCCCGCCGGCUGCCCCCUAACUCCUCCUGGGUCCCUGGGGGACACAGCUCUUAUCCCUCAGGGGGCCAGCUACUAUAUGACUCAUGCGAUCAGCAGCGGCGUGGUCUGGAAGGCUCUGAGCGUCCAUCUGCCCUGGUGCCCCGGGGUUCCCGGCCCGAAGCCCGGGAACAUUACUCCCCACAGUCCCACUGUCGGAGCCUCCCCAGCCAUGCUUACAGCCAGCCCAACCGCAGCCCCCACCCAUCCACAGGACACUUGAGCUACACUUCCCGAGAUGCCCAUGAGGUACGGCGCCACACAACCGAAUGGGCUGAGGCGCUGCCCAUUCGGCACCCUCUGACCACAUCUACCUCCCUCACCAUGUUGGGUGAGGCCUCAUAUCAACGGGCCUUGGCUCCCAGCUCAGCCUUACUCCCCCACUCCUCCCAGCCCCUGCCUGAAGUCCAGGGUACUGAACCCCCCACACCCUUACCCUCCUUCAUGCCGCUCAGCCGGAGCCCGGGGGGCAAUGCCAACUACCAGGUAUACGACAGUCUGGAACUGAAGCGGCAGGUGCAGGAGAACAGAGCACGGGCCAACUCACUGCCACCACCUUCUAGCUCAACCUCGAGGCCCUCGCUGCACAGGAGCCGGACUGGGAAACUUAACUGAGCAGCGGCAAAUGUGGGUGAUG